GUCAUCAUUUUGAUGCAAGCCCUGUGUAAUUGUCUAUGGUCAACCUCCCAGACCAUAGAGCCCCCCACCCAACCCCUACCCAAAAAAACAUUAUUCUUAAUUUUUAAAAUAUGUUUUAUAGCUUGGAACAUGGAACUUUUAUUUUAAAAAUAAGGUAUAUUAAACACUAAAGAGUUCUGCAAACUUUGACAACAUUUGUAGACAUUAUAAGUGGGAAGGGAAGCAGCCAGUGCAGACUCACCCAACUCAUUGAAAUAAACAGAGGGCGAGGAAGCAGAAGAGAAGUUUAGACAAGAGUCCCAAGAAGAGAAGAGAUGGACUUCAGAUUUGCCUCUUGGUCUAUCAUCCUUUUCGGUGUUUUUCUAACGGGUGACCACCAGAUUUACGGGGAGCAGCAUGACAACAAUCAUCAAAUACCGUACACGCAGCAUGUCCAUGCCCAUCCAUCAUCCCGUAUGGAUCACAUGGAUCCAUCUCAGAACAUCUUCUUCACCAUAGGAGAUCUUAAGGUAGGGAAGAUGAUACCCAUAUACCUCCCAAGCAAAGACCCUUCUACUUCUCCUCAUCUUCUUCCCAGAGAGGAAGCUGAUUCCAUUCCCUUCUCAUCAUCCCAUCUCCCAAACCUCCUUGAGUUCUUCUCAUUCCCUCGAGGCUCCCCACAAGCCAAAGCCAUGGAAUACACACUGAGGCUCUGUGAGCUUGAACCCAUUAAAGGAGAGACUAGGUUCUGUGCUACCUCUUUGGAGUCUAUGCUUGAUUUCACACAGGGCAUCUUCGGAUUGGACACCCAAUUCAAGGUUCUAACCUCCAAGCAUCUCUCAAAAUCCACUGCUGGUCUACAGAACUACACCAUUUUGGAACUGCCCAAACAGCUCUCAGCUCCUAAAAUGGUAGCAUGCCACACAAUGCCUUACCCAUAUGCAGUUUUCUAUUGCCAUUGCCAAGAAAGUAAGAAUAAGCUAUUUGAGGUUUUAGUAGGCGGUGAGAAUGGGGAAAGAGCGGAAGCCAUUGCGGUUUGCCACAUGGAUACCUCUCACUGGGAUCGCGAUCACACAUCAUUUCGGAUGCUUGGUAUCCAGCCAGGGACCUCUCCUGUUUGCCAUUUCUUUCCAACAGAUAAUCUUGUUUGGAUUCCAUCACAUGCUUCAAAUUAGAAAUGUUUGUGUGUUGCGUAUGUUGAAGCUUCAACAAAUAGUACAUAAUAAUCUGAUUAUGCUUGCAUGCCCUUUGAAUUUAGUUUCUGCUGUUCUUGCUCCUGAGCUCUUGUAAUCAGGGGUAUAAAAAAUUACAGUGUCUCAUUAAUAAUAUUGUGACCUGAGUUCUACUA